AUGGAAAGACCAGCCUCGAAAGAACCCCACGAAGAACCUGUCUCGGGAUUGCAACAUGAAGAGAAACCGGACAUCUCUGCCUCAGAUGGCACACGAGAUCAGCUACAGGUGCGCAGCGGACCACAAGGGCACAGCGAGUCGCUAGAACGAAAGCGACGACGAGUCUCAAUAGGAGACGGAGAUGAAGAGAGAAGAGAACGGAGUAUAAGGAUACUAGAGCAGAGCCUCUUCUCCAGGAUCUUACAAGGAAUUGAGCAGAGAGUUGAUCAACUAAUCGAUCAGAAAAUUGCGCGGGGCUACCUGCAGCAGACCCAGCCGAGAACCGACAUGUUAGAGGCGAGGUUGGAGCAAAGACUAGAGCAGCUUUCGACGACGCUGGAACAGGCUGAAGAAGGGCAUCUCACUGGAGCCAGACCCGGUGCUUCUUCUGAUGAAGGGAUCCGCGAAUCUGUCCAACACCGUGUUAUACAGCCUGUGAAGGAGAACGAGUACACGGCAUUCUUAGCCACCCAUGUGCAGACGCGGGAACCUAAUAGCAAUUGGACGGCCGUCACGGCCAAAUCAUUCUUCAGAUCCAUCAGCAGCUUCAACAGGGACUUCAUUUUAGAGGAUGCAUCGCCAAGGCUUGAGCCCUGGGCAAGGCGCAGGACGAGGGUCGCCAUCAUCGACUCCGGGAUUAUUAGCUGCGAGAACAAACAACAUCUGAGAAAGUUAGAUCCUAUGAUAUGCGCCGCUGGUGAGCGAAUUAUCAAUCGCAGAAGUUGGGUUGGCGUGGAAAGCGACUGCAACGACGAGUGCGGCCACGGGACUCAUGUCGUGCGGCAACUCUUGGAGGUUGCUCCGCGAGCUGAGCUUGUAAUUGCCAAGGUUGCAAGCAACACGGAGAAUAUUCCCCUAUCCUAUGUUGCAAAGGCUAUUGAAUGGGCAGUGGACGACAACGACGUUGACAUCGUCGCGCUGUCUUUGGGCGUUUCCCAAGAUGACAAACACAUCAACACUGUUCUUGACAGGAUCCUAAAUCUUGAUGGAAAGCAGACGGGCCAGGUUUCGAACGGCGUAAAGGGCCAUCGGCGGCGAAUCGUCUUUGCUGCGGCAGGAAACCAUGGAGGAAACCGCAUGCGAGCGUCCCCGGCUCGCAGACGAGGCGUUAUAUGUGUCCACGCCGCGGAUGGUGAAGGCGACACAAAAUCCUUUAAUCCCGAUCCUGACCACGAGUGGGAGGAUAAUUUCUCGACUCUUGGCGUCGACAUUGUCUCUUUGCGCCAGGGCGAGUCGGUUUACAUAUCUGGCACCUCUUACGCGACGCCAAUCGCGGCUGGAAUCGCCGCCAACAUGCUGCACUUUGCCCGGAAUCAACCGGGCAUGCGGGAGGAGGACAAGAACUUGCUGCAUUCUUACUUUGGCAUGCGCCAGAUCUUUAAACGCAUAUCCUUUCCUCGCGGGAACUACGACUAUAUUUGUCCGUGGAGGCGCAAAGAUAGGAUGGCGAACCAGCCAGACGAAGCUACCGACAUGUCAUUAUCCGAGUUGUUAUGGUCAUCUAUAGGAGUCGCUCGCGAGGAGGCACGAAAGGCUGAGGCAUUGUAG